UUUAGCUCCCAAUGACUACUCAGCCCAUUCAAUAUCAUCGCCGAAUGCAGCUGGUUUUCCCGGUUGCCUUGGCUUCUCUGCUUGUGCUAGGAGCCGUACGAGUUGCACUCGAUAGUUUGAAGAACAACGAGUCGUAUUUUCUUUGGCAAUCCCGUUUGGCAGGAAGCAGAAGGCCUAGACUUCCAAUUAUUGUUUCUGAAGAUGAGCUGAUUGAAGAUGGCUGCGAUGUGUUUGAAGGAAAAUGGGUAUGGGAUAAUUUAAGCUACCCGCUUUAUAGAGAAGAGAGUUGCCCUUACUUGGUUAAACAGGUUACCUGCCUUAAAAAUGGAAGGCCUGAUUCUUUGUAUCAAAAUUGGAGAUGGCAGCCUAAUGGAUGCAACCUGCCUAGGUUUGAUGCAUUGAAGUUGCUAGAGAUUUUGAGGGACAAAAGGCUGAUGUUCAUAGGGGACUCAAUACAGAGAGGAAUGUUCGAGUCUAUGGUCUGUUUAGUACAAUCCGUAAUUCCAGAAGGAAUGAAGUCUCUUGAAAGGAUUCCUCCCCGAAAAAUUUUCGUUAUUGAGGAGUUUAAUGCAUCGAUCGAGUACUAUUGGGCACCCUUCAUUGUUGAGUCUAUUUCAGAUCAUGCUACGAAUCACACUGUACUAAAACGAAUGGUCAGGCUUGAUUCCAUAGCUAAGCACAGCAAAGAGUGGGAGGGAGUUGACAUUUUGGUUUUUGAGAGCUAUGUAUGGUGGAUGUACAAACCUUUGAUCAAUGCAACAUAUGGAUCUCCAGACGAUGUUAGAGAAUACAAUGUAACAACUGCGUAUAAGCUGGCCAUGGAAACUUGGGCAAAUUGGAUAGAGACCAGAAUCAACCCUCGCAAUCAAAAGAUCUUUUUCAUGACCAUGUCCCCGACGCAUCUGUGGAACUGGGAGUGGAAGGCUGGAAGUGAAGGUAACUGCUUCAACGAGUCACACCCCAUUGAAGGGCCACACUGGGGCACUGGUUCCAGUCUUGACAUCAUGGGAUCAGUGAAAGAUGUUUUAGGAAAAUUGAAAGUGAAUGUUAGAUUGUUAAACAUUACACAGCUAUCAGAGUACAGGAAAGAUGGCCAUACUUCAGUAUUUGGCGAACGUAAAGGGAAGCUCUUGACCAAAGAACAGAGGUCUGAUCCAAAAACGUAUGCUGAUUGCAUUCACUGGUGCUUGCCAGGCAUCCCAGACGUAUGGAAUGAGAUUUUCUAUGCAGUUCUUUUGCAGGAUUACCGUAAUAAUUCAGGAAUUGCAUGAUUUGUCCU